GGCAUUAGCGACGUCGAAGUCGAGAUCAAGGAGUCUAGAAUCACGCAAUGUUGCUCGAGUGAUCAGGAUCAAGCAGAGAGGUAAGAACUAUAAUCCCCAGGUGAACCUUAGGCUAAUCAAAAGACAAGCGAACGAUCAACAGCGAAACUCAGCCCUCACAUCCCGACUCUUGAAGAGGAGGCUUGCAGAAGGGACAGUAUCCAGCUCUCCGAGUUCCUGGGGACCAAAAUCGCCUCCUCUCAUUUUUCAACAGGUGAAGGCACCAAAGGUCUGUACCUGCGAAUCCGAAAUUCCGAAACCGUUGUUGCUUUGAACUGUCGACAUGUCGUCUUCGGACAAGAGGAAGAGAACCUCGCCGGUCCGCUUCCGCGACUGGGCUUUGAUCGAGCUGCAUCAGAACAAGCACCAAACUCCGUUAGGAAAGUUGGAAAAUACUGAGCCCUCGCCACUUAUCGCGUUCAAUCUUCGGUGUAUGGACAUGUUGAGGUGGGACCCACAUAAGGAGCCAAAGCGAAGACACUGCUUCCUACCCGGGAUUCAUAUAUUCACGCAGACUGGUGUCAUGUCAGAAGCCGAAAUGAGAUGUCAUGACUAUGAAUUCGAAUUGCCAGGAAGAAAUGUAAUCGAUGAGGAUUUCAUAAGAGCAUGCAUGUAUGGCAGCGAAAGCGGAGAAAGCCACGGUAUCGCCAAUACAGCCAGGUCUGUUAUCCGAAGAUUUGUUGGAGGUGUCCCGAUGAUUUCUGAAGAAUGGUGUAUCUUGGGCUCCACCCAACAUGAACACAGGAAGCACUUCUCUGCCUACCGACUGGCUGUUGGAGGAUAUCCGGGAACAUGGGUAUGAUGUGGAGUGGAUAGGCGAAGAAAUCCCUCUUGAACAUCUCCAUUACCGCUUAGAAUCUGAACAUUGAUCCGGGCGGCUGUAUUGGAAGAUUUCACUAGGUAUCACUCAGUCAUUGACCUUUCUGGUGGAGUAAGCGCAAUGGGUAGUCAAUCGGCUUAGAGAACUGGAGAGUAUAAAUUUGUAAGUUCUUGCAAAGCGCUCUCCACGUGAAAUGAUCAAAGACAUGAUCUGGACAAGCUGAUUG